AUUUUCAACACAAAAAAGACGACCACUCACCACACCACUCACCCACCAUUCACACAUGAUGCCGCAAACCCAUUGAGAACUAAUUUAACCAUGUCCGGACUCUCAUCGAAUUGGAAGAAGCUGCAAGCCAAGAUCAAAGCCGAGUCGGCCUCACAGCCUGCAGCGCCAAAGAGGAAGGCCGCCGACGAGCUUGACGACCAGCACAGUGCUGCCAAGCCAGGACCGAGGAAGAAGCAAAAGAAGCAGGAUCAGCAGCGACAAGGAAACCCGAGGAAACAAACCCAGAAUCAGAAACCAAACCAGUCAUCAAAACCACUCGCGAAAACUGUUCCUUCAAAAGCCCCCAAACCUCCCAUGGGCAACACCCAGUCCUCCAAAAUCGACCCUAUCCCCCCCAACCAUGGCGUCGCCCCCUCCCUCGCCGUCUGGGCAGCAGACAACGGCAUCUCGUCAGAAUCCAUAGCCGAAGCCUACGGACUCGGCAUCCAGUCCAACUCCCUCCUCUCCACAGACAAACCGGGCCGGCCCAACGAGGGGCUGGCUCCCGGUGUCGAGGUAGGCAAGUACGUGGGUAUCGACUGCGAGAUGGUCGGCGUCGGGGAGGGCGGGCACGACGACUCGUUGGCGAGGGUUAGCGUGGUAGAUUUUCAUGGGAAGCAGGUCUACGACUCCUUCGUGAAGCCGCGGGAGCGCGUCGUCGACUGGCGGACCCACGUCAGCGGUGUCGCGCCGAAGCACAUGGCGAGGGCGAGAACCUUUGACGAGGUGCAGGCCGAGAUCGCCGACCUGCUCAAGGGCCGGAUCGUGGUGGGCCACGACGUCAAGCACGAUCUGCGGGUGCUGGAGCUGGACCAUUCCUGGAAGAUGAUCCGGGACACGGCCAAGUUCUCGGGCUUCAAGAAGUACGCCAAUGGACCGAAACCCUCAUUACGCGUCCUGGCCCAAGAGCUACUGGGGGUUGAGAUCCAGGCCGGCCAGCACUCUAGUAUUGAGGAUGCACGGGUGACGAUGUUGUUGUUUAGGAAACACAAGCCUGCCUUCGACGUUGAGCACGCAAACCGGUAUCCAGAUGAGGAGAGGCCGAAACCAAAGGCCGGCAAAGGGAAGAAGACAAAAAAGCGCUGACACGGGGCGAGAUCGCCCCCUGCGUCAUCACAGGGUCUGUCUGGUCCCUUUCCUGACCAAGGGGAACUAUUUUACUACGAUACUAAAGCUAUUUGACCCAAAACCCCGAUGAGAUCCAAACAUUCCGAUGAUGCUCCCGCCGCCAAAGACGCAUGUUGCCGCCAAAGCCUAGAGAGGAAUGCCCUCCAUAAGCUCCAUGGCGCCCUCUCUACCGACAGUGAUGAUGACGUCUCCAAGCGUCUUGGUCUGGAAGCCGGCUUCACAGUACGAAAA